AUGGAAAAGACAAGCUCCGGUAUUGAACAAGAAUUUGACACUGCCUGGAAGAUCAAUGCUUUUUAUGCCAGCGAUGGGAAAUCUUUGGAGGUCAAAGACGUCGGUACGCUAACGGACAACUGGGAAUAUGUCGGGCCAGUGGAAACCAAUUGGUACGAUCAUAUCUAUGAUUCGCUUGAAUUUGUCCGCGAAUUAGAUGCCAAACUCGAUGAAGAGAAAGUUACUGCUGGCACUGAAGCCGUGGACCACUGUUUCGUCCAGCUUCUCGGAUGGGCCCCCCUCUGA